AUGGUUGAGACACGCUAUCAUCCCGAGAUCAUCACACCCUCGCUUCCCAACCUUGACAUGCAAGGCGAAGGUCGACUCAAGAAUUACGAUUUCGCAAACAUCACACAUAUUGUCGUCCACCCAUCUGAUACAAUGAUGAGGAACAUCAAUGCUAAUGCCAAGGCCAAUACCUCCUACAAUUACGACAACAAAGAAUAUGUGAAGAUCAUGGGAAAGAUCCUUUCUGUGAAAUUCUUCGGCAACGACUACCAGCUAGAAUGGCUAGACUCCCAGGGUGUCGGCAGACACACAUUCAUUGCAUUCACCAAUACCGAAAAGAAAUGGGAGCGCGUUCAGAGUCAGACCCCGAGUGACGAAAAGCUAGAAGUGGUUGAGGUUAUGUUCAUGCCAACCAACCCCCGGGAAGUACAAAAGGCCUUCUGGAGGCCCGCCAGAGAACUUGUCUUUGGAAGGGUUCAGGCCAGAGUGAAGGAGAGUUCGCUUGAGAUGAUUCGGCUCCGAGUGAUGUGGACGCGAUUGACUGUGUCUCCCCGGAAGUUGCAGAGACUGAGAAAGGGUUCGGCUUCCCCAGAAUCGGCUUGCCUUGACAUUCAAGAGUCAGGCUAG